CCUACGCGCUCGGGUGGGGCGGGGGCGGGAACGGGAACCGCCCGCCUUCAGAGCGGCGGAAGCGCCGUGAUGUCACGUCCGCGGUUCGCUGGCUGCGUCUCAUCGCUGGGCCCCGCGACAAGAUGGCGGACCUGUCGUUAGACGAGCUCAUACGGAAGCGCGGUGUGACGGUGAAGGGGAGGCUUAACACAAGGCCAGUAUUUGGAGGUAUUAGAUCUCGCAUUGGGAUCCAGCAAAAUAUUUUAAGUAGAUCAUCACCAGCUGUCAACUUCCAGCGGACAUUUGAUGCUCGGCAGAAGAUCGGCCUCACUGAUGCCCGACACAAACUGGGAGUUAAAGAUGCUCGUGAAAAACUGAUUCAAAGGGACGCUCGGUUCAAAAUAAAAGGGAAGGUGCAGGAUGCUCGAGAGAUGCUGAAUUCCCGUAAGCAGCAAAGUGUUGCUGCUGAAAAGGUGACCAAAGUGGUGGAUGCCAGAGAGAAGAUCAGCUUAAAAAGGAACACUCCAGCUGCUAUCAGCCCAACUAUGGGGACAGUAAAUCCAGCUGUGAAAAUCACCAAGACUAUCCAAAAAGCUGCUGUUGUUCCUGGACACCCUCAUCCAGCAGGAAUGAGGAUCAAUGUGGUGAACAACCAUACACAUAAACAGGGUCUGUAUGACAUGGAAGAUGAUGAUGAAAGUGUCUCCGCCCUUCCUAGCAAACAGAUGAAGAUCACCACCACAAACAGUUUCCUUCACAAUGUGGCUGGGCUGAGUGGCAAUAAGUUCUCUCUGUCCAAGACUGUUCCCCUGACUAAAGUGGUCCAGAAUGAUACGUACACAGCUCCUCCUGCACCUCCUUCCCCAAUGAGGACAAAGGCCUUGACAAACAUGUCCCGAACUUUGGUGACAAAGGAGGAGCCUCCAAAAGAGCCAGCACCUGUUGAGCUGGCCUUCAGUCCUUUGGAAGGCACAAAGAUGACUGUGAACAAUCUGCAUCCUCGAGUCACUGAGGAAGACAUUGUUGAGUUGUUCUGUGUGUGCGGUGCUCUGAAGCGAGCCCGGCUGGUGCACCCAGGAGUGGCUGAGGUAGUCUUUGUGAAGAAAGAAGAUGCAAUCACAGCAUAUAAGAAAUACAACAACAGAUGCUUAGAUGGUCAGCCAAUGAAAUGUAACCUUCACAUGAAUGGAAAUGUCAUCACCUCAGACCAGCCUAUAUUGCUCCGAUUGAGCGAUACCCCUUCUGUGAAAAAGGAAGGGGAACCCCGCCGGUCAAGUGCAAGUGCUGCAUCAAAUCCCCCAGCUGAGGUGGACCCUGAUACCAUCUUGAAGGCACUCUUCAAAUCCUCAGGGGUCUCUGCAUCUGUGCAGCCCACAGAAUUCAAAAUCAAACUCUGAGAAGGGGCAGUGAGCAGUGGACUGGAAAACUCGUUUAAGUUGGGGAAUGAGAAAACUGCAGGAGUGCAGAUUUUUGCAUUUGUCUGCCUUGAAGAUCUUUUUGUUUUCUAUGAUUGCUACCUUACUGUACAGUAGUGUUUCCUUUUGUGUGUGUACUUUCUGUUUUCAUAGUUGGAGUUUUCUUCCACAAUUUUUUUUCCAAGAGAAUAACCUCCCCCUUCUGCCAGUAAUAAUAUUACUAAGCAUAUACCAUGUAACUCCCUCCUUUACUCCAAAGCCCCUAGUGGCCAUUAAAAGUGCACAUAGACUUUGAAGGAAGGGUUGGCAAUCUCUUCUCUUCUGACCUACCUUUAACUAAAAGAUGCAUUCUCUUGAUUUUCAUCGUGCAAGAACAGUGCAUAGUUUCUGAAAUUUCUGCACCAAGUACCAAAUCAGGUGUGGUUGCAUAUAGGAAUUGUGCCAUCUUGCAUCUUGGACUUAAAUGCAUUUAAUUGCGUACGGUUUAAUUCUGACUGCUGAAUAUUUUUCUGCUCGGCAGCUGUGAUGUUGAGAAAAACUGAGUUUCCCACUGCGUAUAGCAGCCCGUGGAAGCUUUGGGCAGAAUGGACAUAAGCACAAGUGCAGCACCCAUUUUGCACUGUUGUGCUAUGGGAGAGAUCCUUCAACUCUGGUAAUACUGAAGGUGGGGGGGAAAAAAGGCUCUGACAUUUGUAUAAUCAAUUUAUUAGCCCUUCAGGGUGAGUGGAGUUGCUCUCUCCUUUCUGGUCUGAAAAACAGCCAGGAUUGUGUUUGGAGCUAGAGGACAUCCUGGUGAUUGUUCCCAGUAUAUUGCAUUGCAUCUUCCUGCUAAUGCGGGGAUGUUUUUUUUUCUUACCUUCUGACUUAACCAGUCUCCUUUUAUGAAAAGGAAGGAGCUGGGGCCUUUUUCCAGUACUAGCAUGUAAGCGGUCUUCAUUUGCUUAAGAAAAAUCACCUUUUUGAGAGAUAUAGAUUUGGGCAAUGUUUGGCUGCUGUGCAGGCAUGCAGCUUGCUUAGGUGGGUUUGGAGAAUGAGUGCUGUGCUUCCUUGCUGCAAGGAGAGAUUUUGGAGAGCAGGUAGUGCUCUGUAAGAGGAGACACUGGAGAGUGCUACGCAUGUGCUGUGUGAGCAACAAGGACACAACUUUGGCCCAUGAACAUCCGUGAUGCGCUACAGGCCACUAGGUGGCACUUCAGUACUUUGUCAGUACAGCAUUUUUGUCAUGGAUGUUUGAAGCCCCCGUAGCUCCAUUUGUAUUAGUUCAAAUUAUAUUAUAAGAGAGGAAAAGAUGCCACUGCUACAGUCUGGUUGGGAUUUGAAUUUGAGUCUUGGAGCUAGAAGACAGACCUAACCCACUCUUUUCAGGUCUGCUGAACUUCAGUGAACUUUCUGUUAUCGUAGGUCCAGGUCCCAAUUCUUGGUCAACUCUGUGUUUCUUUUGCCUUCUUAUUCUCUAGUAACUCUUUGCUCUAUCUCGCUGGUACAAACCAUUCCUUAUCUCACACUGUCCCUCUUAGCCAUGAAAAUAACUGGGGACUUGACAGGACUUGUUUUUUCAGAUUAUUCUGUUUGGUUUGGAAAUCCAGUAAAACACUAGUAUUGGUGGGGUGCUUCAUGUGACCAGCAGAUGUUUGUAAGGGAGGGGUCUUAAGACAGGUGUUGUUCCUUUCCUUAGAUCACCCACCAAACAAUUGUGUUUUAAUAAAAAUUGGGGGGAGGGGGGAGAAACGUUAGGGCUGGAGAAGAUUAUGUAUUAUCUGUUUCUGAAUAAACAUUUGUUAUACAGAGA